UGGGGCAAGACUCGGAUCUCUCCUGAAGCCAUAUGUUCUCUGAUGAUAAUCACUUUGGGAAGAAUAGGGCAAUCGUAAGCAAAGAUUCACUCUGACUGUGGCGACAACGGUCUGUCCUAUACGGGCAAGUUUCAGGUACUGACAGCGCCGCUCCCAGCUCCCUGUCGAAUUGUUGGACGCGAUCAUGGACCACGCCGACAAGGCGACGCAGGCAAAUUGCGCCCUCGUAUGCCAUCAUUGGUCGCCGAUCGCACGCAGCCAUCGCUUCCGCAAGGUCAUCAUCCGACCUCAACCGUCGGACCCGUACCUCAUGACCGCCUAUCUCGUAUGCGAUCCCACGUCGACUGUCCUCGCGUACGUCCGCGUCCUUCACAUAGAGGAAGGGGACCGUCGACUCGGACAGACACAUAACUUGCGCACCGACGAGCUUACGGCGCUCAGGAGCCUUCGCAUCACGGGCUUCGAAUGGAAAUUGUUCUCGACGGGAGCCCGUUGCAGCCUCAUGAGGCUCUUCCAGCAGUUGAACGAUCUGGAACUGGUCUCGGUCACCGGCAUACCGUGUUCAGUCUUGGUUGCGAUCCUCGGUGCAGCGACGGCGACAACUGUGUUGAAGACCCUCUCUGUGGUCGGGCAGGUCCGCCUCUAUCUCCCGAUCAUCGUUGCCGCCGUUCCUAUGUCGCACCUAAGAGACAUCACGCUCGGAGAUCUAGACACUGAUGACGUGGGCCCAGUGGUUUCCUUGUUGCAGGCCCGCGCAACAGCUCUGCAACGCUUGUCGCUCAAAUUCCAUCACAGAUUCUGGAUCUGGAUUCGUGACCCACCCGUAAGGCCUGAAGCUCCUUACUGUGACGAACCCAUUCUUUCGGGCAUGACAUCGCUUCGAAGCCUCCACCUCGAAGCACAAGACCUGCAGUACCUGGUCGAUCUGACCAUAAGGGCGGUACUGUUUGGACCCGGCAGUAGCGUCCUGGAAGAGCUCGCGGAGUGCUUGUCCACCGGUGUGCUCGCUUCCGCUCGCCCCCGCGUGACAAUCAUCUGCACGGCAGAAAAGGACCAUUUCAUUGUACAACUUGACGUGCCCAUGAUGAUAGACAUGUGUAACGAGCUCCUGAAACACCUGAAGGACCUGCGGAAGGAGGGCAGGCUUCGGAUCUUGCGUCCCGUUAUGGAUCCAGACGCUGAGAACAAAAUCGGUGUGUAGGAGGUCUAAGAUUUCCCUACCCAGCCAGACACUGUUGUGACAGAAGUUUCAGAAACGGGUUAAUAUGGUGACUUACUUGCCGCUUUCGUGACAUUCAUGGUUGCGGGGAGAGAUGAGAGAAGACAGGAUUGGGUGACUUCGGGCGCGAAAUGGAUUGUUGGCGGAGACAUCACCGUUACACAUGUAGAUGACUGGGCGCAGGAUGUCCGGUGGCGAUCGCGCUAGUUGUCAAACUGUACAGCUGUGUCUGGACGUCAAACUGCGGUCGCUAGUACCCCGAGGUGAUCGGUGCAUAAAUAGACUAGGAAUUGCUCGUGUUCAGACCCGCCUGAACCACCUCCGCCUCGUGCUCUCAACAAGCAGAUUCCAUUAGGCUUGAUUCGAGAUAAAUAACAUCAUACUCGC